UUAUGUCUACAGACACCACAAAUUGCAUAAGCAAAUCCAACGAUAUUUCUUGUCAUUGUAGUACACUCAACCCCAAAUCACCAACAAAAUCAAUAAUGCAACUUAAUCAAUUCCUUCUAAGCAAGUCCCAAUUUCAAUAUUAAAAGCUACUAAAUUCUUAGUUAUUUGACGAAUAAAUUCCAAAGAGUAGAGAUCGAUGAAGUAUCGAAAGGAAUAUUUAGAUCUGAUUUUGGUGCCAUCUGGUUUGCUAAUUAUGUUUUCUUAUCAUCUUCUUCUUCUCUAUAGAUGCCUCAAGCUCCCUCACACCACCGUCAUCGGCUUCGAGAACAACGAUAAGAAAAUUUGGGUCGAAAAAUUUAUGCAGUCGGAAAACCGCGACGUGAAAACCGCGCUGGACGUGGUGUCGGCGAACAUAUCGGCGGCCACGUUCCUGGCAUCGGUGUCGCUGACGCUGAGCGCGCUGAUCGGCGCGUGGAUCGCUAACAACUCGAACAUCUUCCAGAGCGAGCUGAUCUACGGCGAUACGCGGCCGGCGACGAUGUCGAUCAAAUACAUCACACUCCUCAUCUGCUUCCUGCUCGCCUUCUCCUGCUUCGUCCAGUCCUCGCGCUGCUUCAUCCACGCCAACUACCUCAUCAGCACCCCCGACUCCGACAUCGCCACGGAAUACGUCGAGUUGGCCGUCGUCCGCGGCGGCGAUUUCUGGUCCGUCGGGCUCAGGGCGCUCUACUUCGCCACGGCGCUGCUGCUGUGGUUCUUCGGGCCGAUCCCGAUGUUCGCGACGUCGGUGACAAUGGUGGCGCUCCUCCACUAUAUGGACAGCGACACCGCGUCGAUGAAGAGGAGAUCUGGCCGUCGGUAUGGGGAAUUGUUGCGGAGAUUUGACCAGAGGGUUUGAGAUUGGCGGUAGAUUUACUUUUGAAUUAUAUUGACCCAAAGAAGGAUUUCAUUUUUCAAGUUAAAAUGUACUUAUGUUAUUGCAAACGACAAUCAUUCAACAAA